CCUACAGCAAAACCAUCUGUUCGGCUCCUUCUAAAUCCAUUACAAAGAAACCAGCAAUAGAAUGUACAAUACUAGUCGUGCCGAUCGGAGUGCGUUAUACAGACAUCCGAGUUUUUCGAAAUAAAAUAUGAACGCGUUGGAUUCGUGACCGCGAUGACGAAAGAUCCUUCAAUCAAGUUUAAGUCGAGGGUUUACCAAUAUUCGGCCGCUUUUGCUGCUAAUUUGGGUAUCCUCUCGAUCGGUUUGCAUUAUGGCUGGACAUCUGCAGCUGUACCAGUUCUUCGCAGUGGAAAAUACGCUUUCACCUUAACACCAGACGAAGCUUCUUGGUUGGUAGCUAUAAUGCCUUUGUCUUCUUUACUAGGAGACGUUAUAGCUGCUGUAACUAUAAAUAAAAUCGGAAGGAAGAAGCUGAUUUUACUCUCGGCCAUUCCAUUAACUAUAUCGUGGAUUUUAAUAGCGGUAGCAGACACGAAAACUAAUUUAUUCGUCAGUAGAGUUAUAGCUGGUGUAUUAGAUGGGGUGCUAUUUACAGUCGUGCCGCCUUAUUUAGCAGAAAUAUCCGAAGCUGAAAUUAGAGGAUUCAUAGGCGGUACUUUCAUGAUGACGCUAAGUUUGGGCCUCCUCAUGAUUAACGUGCUGUUAUAUUUCCUAAGUAUAUCAACAACAGCUUACAUUUCAUCUGUAUUUAGUCUAAUUAUGUUGGUAAUAUUUCCGUAUCUACCUGACAGUCCGUAUUACUUCCUGCUGCACCAGCAAGACGUCCUGGCCAGGAAGAGCUUAAGAAAACUACGAGGAAAGUGGAACGUAACGGAAGAAAUCGACAGAAUACGCAAGGGGAUCGAAGAAGACGGGGAACAAGGCAAAAUCUUCGAUUUAAUCACCAACAAAACGUACAGAAAAUGCUUGUUCAUAUCGCUGUUGCUCACUUUAACCCAGCAUCUAAGCGGUAUAGUGCCGAUACAAACGUACGCUGAGACAUUGUUUCAGGACACCAAAGACUUCCUGGAUCCCAGCACGACGAAUAUAAUUUAUUAUCUGAUUUUCUUCCUGGCUUCGAUCGUGUCGUUGGUGCUAGCCGAUCGAGCCGGUAGAAGACCAUUAGUAUUAUUUGCUGCUGGUACAGCCGCUCUGAGCCAGCUGGCGAACGGAAUAUUUCUGUACCUAAGGACCUCUUCAACUAAAUUAGAUUUCCUGCAAUUGCUGUUUAUUUCCUCCUACACUGUAGCGUAUUGCAGCGGGUUGCAUCUGAUGCCGGUGGUGGUUACCACCGAAAUAUUCCCUUCGAAUAUGAAAGGGGUGGCGUUGUGCGUGAUUAACAUAGUUUUUAGCAUAGCCAGUUCGUUUUGCAUUAAAUUAUUCGCGUGGUCGAAGGACAAUUUCGGAAGUUACAUGCCGUUUUUCCUGUUUUCCAUUUGCACGUUCGUUGGAUUCUCUUUAUUAUAUAAAUAUCUGCCGGAAACCAAGCUAAAGACGAUGGAGAAAAUUCAAGAAGAGUUGAGGGGGAAGAAAAACAAGAACGAAAGGGAGACCUUCAUCGAUGAUAAUAAAUUGUAAAGAGAUGAUUGUAAAUUUAACGAUUAAAUUAUUGUUGUUAAUUUUUGUUAUUCUUCCUGAUAAUAACUGACAGCUUGAUGUUAUUUUGAC